AUGGCAACGCUUACCUCUGUUGGCAGAUCUCAGAUGUGGGCGCUGAAGGACAUACGAGCCCACGAUACGUUCGGAGGCGUUCGGGAUGAGUUUGAGAGUUACUUCUUCACGAUGGAGGCAGAGGUCACCGAGAUGGGCUGGAGGCACCUCUACGAUGCGGCGGUGACGCAUGUCGGCCCCAUCAGUUUCGAGAGCAUCACGAACGAGGAGACGCGCGAACUGUCGCGCAAUCUGGGCACGUUCUUGGCCAUGAAGAUGCGAGGAAAGGCUCAGACUAUGACGAAGCUUGCUGGUGCGGGAAAUGGUUUUGAGGCAUUGAGGCAGAUCUACGCGGACUAUCGACCUCAGGGUGGCACAUCGGAGCACAGUCUGCUGACCACGACUGUGCAGCCUAAAUGGUGGACGAACGAUGAUCACUCAAGGCGCAGCUUCGCAGAGGUCCUUCACGAUUGGGAUCGUCUGGUCACGCAGUGCGAGUUGGCUAGCCAGGAGAAGAUCUCGGACAUAAUGAAGUGCGCGACCAUCCUGGGCUACGCGCCGCUCCAGAUCAGGAAGGUCCUCGACGGUGCGAGCCAGGAGGUCAAGGAGAACUGCGCGGUGAUGCGGAGCAGGAGACCUUCGAGCACUGCUGCGGAGAGGCCGCCGCUUAGGGGGGGCCGGCGGCCGCGCCGCCAGGCGCUACAGACCAGGAGGCCCAGGAGUUGACAUUUGUGAUCUCUUUGGGCUCUGAGGGGCGCGUGGCCCUCUCAGAAGGCCGCGCGUCCCGCGGGCUGGGGUGCCCGAAAGAACGUCGGACGGAUGGUCGGCUUGCUCCUCUGGCAGUUCCCGUCGUUGCGACUGGUCGCAGCUCACCGAUAGCGGAGGGCGCCACCUAUACAUUUGCGCCAGCUCGGGCUGCCGAUCCCAGCCUUGCCAGGAUCGGUGCAGGUGUAUAGUUGGUGCCCUCCAACAAAUGGCAGCCUCGGGCCGAGCUGGCCUCGGUAUCCUUGAGCCGUGAAUUGUUUAUAUUUGUUAGAUUUCACCUCAGUCCGCAUGUGCUCGACAACUACAGUACCCAACUCGCGAGCAUGUUUUUUUUGCCGGGCGUGCAGUGCCGCUUGGGUUCUCAUAACCCACGCACGUGCGUGCUCUUACCGGCGAGCAAAGGGGGGCGGCAGGGAUGCCGCUCCUGCUCGGAGGAGGUCGCGUGCGGUGCCCUUUGGGUCCCUCUGCUCCUGGCCGCCUCGCCACCGCUCCUGUCGCCGCUUGCCAGCGGCGCCUGUAGGUGUUCGAGCGCGUACCGUCCGCACGCAGAUCGCGUUCUCC